CAGGUCAGCGACAAGAAUGGGUUUGCGACAGGAGGGACGAGCACAGUGUGGACUGUGCAGGCAUCCGACGCCGAUCUGUGUUUUGAUCCCUCGCAAAACAUUCUUCCCCCUUGGCCGUACUUCUUCAUGACUCCAAACCCCGGACUUUCGGCCCAGAGCUGUGAGACACUGACACUUCUCCAUAGCACGCCAAACUUCGUCGGUGUCAUUCCCAGCGGUGACUCCUUCAACAUCACUUCCACACCGACGACCGAUUCUGAUGGAACGACUGGCUUCAACUGGACCGUACCGGUCAAGGCUGGGACUGACCUUCUCCUGGUCUCCGGCGAUCAGCAUGAAACUGGUGCUGGUGGUUACGUGGAUUAUAAAGUUGCCUCACCUUCCGAUCCCACCAAUACCGCAUGCUUUUCGUUUAUGCCCUCUGCGACAGCAGGGACUCCUGCAGGUGGUAAUCUGCCUAAAUCGUCGUCGACUUUGGCAACUAGCACUCCUGACAAGUGA